AUGACAAAAACCGUUCACGCGAGCCCAUCCGGCGGAGGACUGAAGAACCACCACAAGCGCGAGCAACUCGAGAAGCUUCAGGCGGAAAGCCGAGUGAUUUUGUGUUCCUGCAAAGCCGGAUUCAACUUCUUAAGGACUUAUUCUUUACGAAUGGCCGUGGUUCUUCCAGUAGGAUCCAACGAGAACUUGCCACCGAAGGUGGUUCGGGUAAUUGUCAAGGAGCUUAGGUCGCUCCAAGACUCGCCUCCGGAAGGCAUACGAGUGCUCCUGAAUGAUGACAACAUCUCAACCGUCCAUGCGGAGAUUGAAGGACCAGUCGGCACACCUUACGAGGGCGGGGCGUUUCGCAUGAAGCUCGUGUUGGGACCAGAAUUUCCAAACGCUCCACCAAAGGGCUUCUUUGUGACUCGGAUAUUCCACCCGAACGUGGCCAAGAAUGGAGAAAUCUGCGUGAACAUCCUGAAGAAGGACUGGAAGCCGUGCCUUGGCCUGCGCCACGUACUCAUUGUUGUUCGGUGCCUGCUCAUUGAGCCUUAUCCAGAGUCAGCUCUUAACGAGGAUGCAGGCAAGCUUCUUCUAGAGGACUAUGAGGCCUACGCCAAGCAUGCUCGCCUCUUCACGUCCAUUCACGCCCCAGCUUCAGCAGCAGUAGCAGCAGCAGGCGCCACAGGUGUCAGCAUGAGCCGCUCCAAAUCCAUGCCGCAGCAUGCUGCUUCCCAACCAGGUCAACAAAGUCAACCGGGUCAACACCCGUCCUGCCCCCACCACACGCUUCGCCAGAGCGUCUCUGCUUCAGACCACCUCGCUCCUGGCGCUGCUUCUGCUUCUGCUGCCGCCGCCGCCGCUGCUGUUGCAGAAAUGGCAGGUUCAGCCACUGCUGGCGGCGCCGCCGGCGCUGUGUGUGUGUCUCCGUCAGCCCUUGCUGCUGGUGGUCCUGGUGGGAGUGCUCCGCUUGCUCCCAACCGUUCGAUUGCCAACGCUGAGGUGCAGAGAGAGGAGGGUGUGGGUGGUGCGGCUGGGGGGUCGAGCGGGGGCCUGCGCAGUGCAGGCAGCAAGGGGGAGAAUGGAGCGAGAGGAGGGCACGAGAAGAAGAAGGUGGAUGCACGGAAAAAGAGCCUUCGGAGAUUGUAG